CUGGUCGCAUGCCGAGGGCUAUUGUUCCUGAACAAGCCACAAAGCGCAAGAAACAAGUUCGUGGUUUCGCGGCAUUGGCUGUGGCUGACACAUUUGGUUUUCGGUGCGCGGUACAAACUAGAUACGGCGUGUAUCUGUUCUUGGGAGUAGCACAGAAAGCGAAACAUCUUAUAAACGAGUAGCUAUAUAAUUAUUAUGCUAAGAGCACUUGGCAGGGAACUCUACAUUCUGAUUAGCUGUCGAUUUCCUACCGUUGUCCCUCUACGGGUUGUAUUCAGAUGGGCUCCACGCAUCUAUACCGCUAGCAAGAUGGAAAGCUCCCACACCGCCCUUACUAGCCCAUUACUAGAUUAACUAAGGCUGCGCCACCUACAGCCAAGUCUGCACCAUCUCCAGCUAAGUGUGCACCACCACCAGCUAAGUGUGACCACCCACAGCUAACCAAGUCUGCGCCAUAACCAACUGAGUCUGCACCACCCCCAGCUAAGUCUGCAUCAUCACCAGUCAAUGCUGCACCACCCACAGCUAAGGCUGCACCACCCGCAGCUAAGGCUGCACCACCACCAGUCAAGGCUGCACCACCCACAGCUAAGGCUGCACCACCCACAGCUAAGGUUGCACCACCCACAGCUAAGUCUGCACCAUCACCAGUCAAGGCUGCACCACCACCAGCCAAGCCUGCACCAACAACCUCAUAAAAUCUUCCGGUCAAAAACUCGCUAACGGCUACCAUGGGUAACACUCAAGCAGCCAACACCUCGGAUACUCCAGACGUCAACGACGAAUUACUCGAAGCCGCUGGCUCGGGCGACAUCGACCGAGGCAUCGCUGCGCUCGCCCACGGCGCGUCUACAGAAGCGAACGACGAGUACGGCAGAACGGCGCUGAUACGAGCGGCAAGGAGCGGCCACUCCGACACCGUCACCACGCUACUCAUCGCCGGCGCCGAUCUAGAAGCGAGCGGCAGAAACAACUGGACGUCGCUAACGUACGCCGCACGCGGCGGUCACGGCGAGACGCUAGCGGCGUUGCUAGCCGCCGGAGCGCGUCUGGAAGCGGUGGACAACGCCGGCGCGACGGCGCUCAUGUACGCGGCGUUCGCCGGACACGCCGACGUCGUCCGGGAGCUGCUGGCGGCCGGAGCGCGGCUGGAGGCGAGGGACAGCGCUGGCAGUACGGCGCUGAUGUACGCGGCGAACGGCGGGAGCGCGGACGCCGUUACGCUGCUGCUGAGCGCCGGAGCCAACGCCGAAGCGGUCGAGAACGAAGGCAGGACGGCGCUGAUGCACGCCGCUGGUUGCGCUCACGGAGACACCGUCGCCGCGCUGGUGGCGGCCGGCGCCGACAUCGAGGCGAUGGACAACGACGGCGGUACGGUGCUACUGCACGCGACCUUUGCGGGUUGCCCGGACGUAGUCGGUGCGUUGUUGAGAGCCGGAGCGGGGCACCAGCCGGGCGAGGCACGUCGAGCCUACAGCAUCGCCACCUGCGCUGCCCGCAGACUCACGCACAACGACAGAUACAGGACGACGGCGGGCGAUUUGCUGGCGCACAUGCACUUCCGUCCGUUGGCCGACGAUUGUUUUUGCGACGUGGAAACUGUGUCGACGUUGUCGACGCGCGACGAUGUAAUUAGUGUGACGUCAUCUGAGCAGGUUAGCAGCGUGCGCUCGCUCGCGGAUGUGUGGGAGCUGGAAGGUGUCGGCAGGUUGAAGUAUCCCGCUGUAUGCACACAGAUACGGUUCGCUGUGCUUGGGUUAAUAGAGCGAGUGUGCGAGGAGAUUUCUGCGACAGCUCCAGAUUUCGCCUGCAAGCCCGUGCUUGUCGGUAGCACGGCUAACCAUACCCAAGCUGGGUUGCCAGACGGGUACGACUUUAUGUUUGAAUUAGAAAAACUUACGGGUAAGGUAUCGAUCGAAGAAACAGUGAAAGCCGGUGUAGUUACAGUUAAUGAUGGUAGUCGUUCUCUCUCAGUCGAUCUCAAUGAGCAAUUCGUUAAUGUCUUGUGCCCAGCUUUAGCCAAGGUAAUGAAAAGUGCCGCUUUGAAUUUAUUAAAAUUCUCUAGGACAUCACGUGUAGUGAAAUGGAAUAAAGUUUGUACGCAGUUUAAUUUCGUAUAUGUCGCAGGCAAAGCGUACAAUAACCUUCCAUUAUCCGUAGAUAUCACGCCAUCUAUCCAUGUGUCGGGCAAACCAGCGGGUGCGACUGACCGAUUCCCUGCUGACUACCAUUACCACGUAGUCCCGAAACACGUAGUGGGCUCCGACGAAUACUGGUUAAUAUGUAGUGCGAAGGCCGAGAGUUUGCUUAUUACUGAGUUUCCUCCAGUCUUUCGACAAGCUCUCGUUGUAGCAAAAGCUUUACUAUAUCCGCGCAUUCUCGUUUCCGAUGACAAUAUACAACGUGUGUUAAAUGGUGAGCCUGUAAUGAAAGGUGAAAACGCAUGUCUAUCUGUGUUGCGUAAAUCUAACAUCGAUAUCAUUCGACUGUUUAUUGCAACUCGGUAUAAACCUAAGAUUCUGAUCGACUCGCAUAUUUUGAAGUUAUCUCUGCUUCAUGUGCAAUCCACAAUGUCACCCGAUGACUCAUCAUCACCUGAAAAACUGUCUGAAAUAGUUCGUCAACUAUUCAUGUUCAUAGAAGCAUGUCAAACUAAAGGGGAAUUGAAACAUCCACUCAUUCCCUCUAUUGAUGUUUUCGCAGAAGAUAAAGGUAAGCUCAUCGAACACGUGCCAGCGGGAUAUUUGAGAAUGAAAGCUGUGAAAGCGGUACUAGCCCGUCUAGAAGACGGUCCGCUGGUAAGUAACAGCGGACUGCUGCAGCUUAGUGCUGAGGAGGUGUGGCAGCAGAUGCAACAUUCGGUCAUGUCGGAGUUACCUGACGAGGCUGAGAAUAUUCGUGUUUCGUUUACACAGGUCUGGAAUCUAUUGUGUGAUAUAUAUGAUAAGACGGAGCAAGUGUCUGAUGGUAAAACCCAGUAGGUAUCUAUUAAUGGUAAAUGUGCGUCACCGCAUGUAUUUAGUUGCUACUUGAUAUGUGCUUUAUGGAGCGAGAUGUUACGGCAUAUAUACGUGGAAAUCUCGAUAUAUUAGGUUGAAAAAUCGUGAGCUUUAUAGAAUAUAAUAAAUUAAUAUUAUCGAUAUUAGAAUGAUAAUAUAGAUAUUAUAGAGCUAUGAGAAAGAUUUGACUAAUCAAAAGUAUAAAUUAAUGCAGCCGUACAGGAGCGAUAACGGUGGUAGUGGUAGUGUAGUAGUAGUAGUAGUAGUAGUAGGCUUAGUAGUAGUAGUAGUAGUAGUAGUAGUAGUAGUAACGGCAGCGGAAACAAGUAGUAGUAUACUAGUAUACGAUGUUCAUGAUAUCACUAUUGAGCCUAAUUAAUAUGUAAAUAAUUGUUAUCGUAUAAUAACUCUGACUGAUAAUAUAACUGAUUCUCUACGCGUGGAUGCCAUCGUGUUGUUCCAUUUCGUCAGUAUUACAUAUUUUGAAACACAUUUUGUAAUGCCCCAAAUAAAUUUGUGUGUGGAAGCUGUUAUUCUUACAAAUAUAUGUACUUCUUACAAAUAUA